AUGAAGACCGCUGCAUUCGCUUUGGUGUUUGCCUUUAUGGGCACUGCAUUCUCCCAGGAGAUCUUCCGGUGCGGUUGCGCCGACGCCAACGGCUGGCUCAUCCGUGGCGUCGAGGCCUUGUGUGUCUCAAAAGGCGGGGAAGCGCAGGCGAGUCACCUGUGCAUCAGGGUGCCGACAACGUUCACGGACGAGGAGUGCACCGCGGUUCAGGCGGGAGCCAAGGGCAAAUGUAUAGUCGACACAAUCUCCGACCAGACGGGGUCAACCUUCAGGACCACCGUCACGCGUGCACCCCAGACAUCCGCAGUUGCAUAA